GGAUCACCACCGCACCGAGCGCCACCUUCAGCUGGAGCGGCUUUCUGCAGCGGGCAGAGAUUAACCAAAGUGCCGAUAACUUACACGUAUUUCUUAUGAUAUGUGGACUUAGACCGGUGAAAGACCCUCUCUAUUUGGUGGACGCAUUUUCAGAAUGGCAUCAAGAAGAGCCCAGUGUUUACAUGGUCAUCGUUGGUCCUGAGGUGGAUCCAGUGUUUACGAGGGAAGUGAAAGCCAAAGUGAAAAGGAGCCCUGGAGUCCGCCUGCUGGGCGAGAUGGCCCGGGAGCAGCUGCAGGCGGCCGCGCAGAACUGCUUUGCGGUGGUGAACAGCUCCCUCUCCGAGGGCAUGUCGGCCGCCAUCCUUGAGGCAAUGGAUCUGGAAGUUGUCGUGUUGGCCAGGAACAUUCCGGGGAACGCCGCUGUGGUGCAGCAUGGAGUCACGGGGCUGCUGUUCUCAGACGCGCAG